GAUGAUGUGGUCGCCAUGUUGUUGUUGUAGCUGAAGCAGGAAAACAAAACAACAACAAACCAAAGAACCGUUAUUAACCGUUACCAUGGGGACUCCGUACCUGGGCAGCAAGAUCAGCCUGAUCUCUAAAGCUGGGAUCCGGUAUGAGGGGGUCCUGUACACCAUCGAUACCGAGAACUCCACCGUGGCUCUGAGUAAAGUGCGCUCCUUUGGGACGGAGGACCGGCCCACCGACAGGCCCAUCCCCCCCCGAGACGACACCUUUGAGUACAUCAUCUUCAGAGGCAGCGACAUCAAGGACCUGACCGUGUGUGAGCCUCCUAAACCCCCCUGCUCCCUGCAGGACCCCGCCAUCGUACAGUCGUCCGUAAGCUCCCCUUCCUCUGCUGCCCCCCCGGCCCCCUUCCCGUCUGCAGGAUCCUACGGCCUCUUCACCCGGCCCCCGGCACCUGCCUACAGCCAGUUCAGCCCACUGGGAUCCCCCCAGUUCGGAACUGUCGGUGUGGGUCGCAGCAGCCCCAGCCUGGAGACCCUGAGAAAGAGUCCCCCUCCCCUGGAGCACGUGAUUCCAGCUGGCCCCGUGUCCUCCACGGCCCCAGGCCCAGGACGCAUGGCCCCCGCCUCAGGUCAGAGCGGGCCGAAGCUGCAGGACAGGGUGGACACGAGGAAGGGGCGCAGCAGCCAGGGCUGGGCUGCACCGCCCCCCCACCUCUGUGCUGCAGACAGGCCCCCCCCCCCACCUCUGUGCUGCAGACAGGCCCCCCCACCACCUCAGUGCUGCAGAAAGGCCCUUCCCUGCAGGAUUCAUCCCCUCUGUCCUCAGCACCCCAGUUCAGCAGGAGCCCCGGGGGGCCGGCGGGGGCGGGGGGGUGGACACCGAGGCCGGGGACGCUUCAACGUCCGCAGAGACGGACCGGUGAAAUUCGAGAAGGACUUCGACUUCGAGAGCGCCAACGCUCAGUUCAACAAGGAGGAGAUCGACAGGGAGUUCCAAAGCAAGCUGAAGCUGGAGGUGAAGGUGGUCAACGGGGAGGAGAAGGGGGAGGAAUCGGUGGAGAAGGGGGAGGAGUCUGCCGUGGAGCUUCAACCCGCUGAGGGGGAGGAGAAGGGGGGAGACCCGCUCGGGCCAAACUGCUACUAUGACAAAAACAAGUCCUUCUUCGACAACAUCUCCUGCGACGACACCAGGAAAGCUAACGAGAAGUCCGGAGGCUCCGGGUUCUUCCCAAAGGAGCGCCGGCAGACGUGGGCUGAGGAGCGCCGGAUGAAUGCCGAGACUUUCGGGCUCCCCCUGCGGGGGGGUUACCGGGGUCGUGGGGGUUACCGGGGCCGGGGGGGCUUCACGGGAGGUAGGGCCCGUUCCGCCAGCCGGGGGUCAUUCGGACCGCCUCAGGGAGGGGGGGGCUUCAGGGGGGGUUACCGUGGAAACCAGGCCGGGCGUGAGUUUGCUGACCUGUCGUCCAGGAAGGAGAACAAAGUGUCAGCGUAACGUCGGAGGAAACCGAUGAAGAGGAGGACAUCACCAGCACUGACCUCAGAAACACACACACACACACACACACACACACACACACACACACACACACACACACACACACUCAGCACUGCUUUCUACCUUUUCUACUCUCCCCCCUUUUCGGCCUUCACCUGAGAUCCCUCACUAAUAACGGAUGUUAGAGGACUGAACUUAACUCUCAGAUUCUAACGUCUCAGAGCCCCUGAUGUCGAGGUCAACAUCUCCACAGCUGGGGGGCGGGGGGGUUCAGAGGAAGACGUCAAUAAGGGGGAAAUGUGGAGUAAAAUGAUUAUUACUUUACAGUAAUCAGUAGAUCAGUAAGAUCUAGACCAGGGGUCUCCCACCUUUUCCCCUCUGAGAGCUACCUCUGAAGAAAAACAAUGACGGAGAGCUGCUUGUGUUUUAUAUCAUGUGUAACAUUUAUUCACACGUAUCGAAAUCCCUGAAUAAGGUUUCGUUUGGCACAAGCAUAUACAGAACAUACAUCCAACACUCACAGUUUGUGUAAGAACUUUAAAACUCAGAUUACACUCAUCAAUGUGUACACAUGUUUAUGCAUUUCUUUAUCUUUUCAGCUAAAACUGAUAAACUCACAUAUUUUUUGUAUAACAUUUACAAAACACUGACCUCUAAUAUUCACACUUUGACAAAAUAUAAAGGUUGAACUUAUCUGUUUGUGGAUGCAUUUCCAACACCAAACAAUCAUAACUACUUUCCUUUGUCCACAUCACACUUCCAGUCAUUUAGUCACCAGCCUACAUGUUCAGUCAAGCACCUUUAGUUAGAGAGAUACCUGGCACUGCAUGGUGCCAACAAGAGAGCUGUAUGCUGGAAUAUACCCACUUAGGUUCACUCUUAUGGAGUCUUUCAAAUGUUCAUCCGUCAGUCUUGUUCUGAACUUAGAUUUGAUGACAUUCAUGUCAGAAAAGAAGAUUCACAGAGGUAUGUAGACCCACACAAAGCAGCUGUCUUCAGAGCUGCUUGACACAGAUUCUUAUAGUUUUCUGGCUCAACCAAGCUCCAGAAAUGUUCAGCAUGCUGUUGAGAUUUCAGCUGUAUGUCGUUUUGGAGGUUUAAAAGUUCCAUUUCCAUUUCCACAGGAUCGAUACAGCAAAGGUCUGCCAUCUGCCCAGAAAUCUGACUAAUGUCCACGUUCAUGAAUGGGUUGGCAAUUAAUGUCACACAGGGCUCAAGUCUCUCAAAGUCUCUGAACCUGUCUGCAAACUCCUGGCCAAGCUUGAUCAAGAGGUCACAGUACUUCUCUGUGUUCAAAGCAUCAGCUACCCCUGCAUGGGUUUCCAAAACCUUUGUGACAGAGGGGAAAUGCUGGAAUCUUUUGGCCUUCAACUGCUGGAUGAAAAAGGCCAGUUUUGCGCUGAACGCGUUAACAGCACUGAUCAUGUAGCAGACGUCUUUCUCUUUACCUUGCAACUGUACGCUCAAGUUAUUCAUUUAGGUGGUGUCCUCCCCCCUCUCUUCCAAGAAAAUGUUGAUUUCACCCAGCAAGGAAAAGAAACGUUGCAGUACUUUACCCUUACUGAGCCAUCUGAUGUCAGUGUGGAGCAGGAGAUCUCCUUAGGCCACAGUGCAUUCCUCCAGGAAUUGCUUGAAGGUCCUGUGUUGCUUAGCCUUUGCUCUGAUGGAGUUGAUAAUCUUGACAACCGGCUCCAUGACAUGUUCAAAUCCCAUGACCUUCGCGCAUAAAGCCUGUUGGUGAAUUAUGCAAUGGUAGGCCAGAAAUGGCGGAAACUCCGGGUCUGCUUUGCAUCGGGCAAUAAAUCCAGAGUGACAACCUGUCAUCGCUGGUGCUCCGUCAGUGGUUACUGACAGCUUUUCAAUAGGGAUCUUCUGUUCCGUGAAGUAGUUCUUCACAGCAUUGUAAAUAUCGACUCCCCUUGUUGUAGUUUUUGUAGUUUUCAAUGAAAGUAAAGUCAAAAACUCCUCAUGCAGCCAGCUGGGCUGUAUCGCUCCGUCAACAGAUUCAUCCAGCUGAAUAGAAAACCAUUUACACCUGUUAAUGUCAGUUUCCAACUGUCUUCCCGCGUCCACAGCCAGUGCAGACACUCUCCUUGCCAUUGUAUUUGCACCAAGUUGUACAUCAGCAAAAGCAGACCAUAUUUCUGUCUUACAUUUAUGGUCCUUGAAUAACGUUUCAGCCACCGCGGUCAUGGCCUCCUUUACAACACUGCCAUCAGUGAAGGCCUUUUUGCGUUUUGUCAGGAUGUGCGCCAUUUUAAACGAAGCCUCCGUACAAGCUAACAUCAGGAGACUAACUCAACGUCUCUGCUGACAUCAGGAAACUAACCCGACGUCUCUGCUGACAUCAGGAGACUAACUCAACGUCUCUGCUGACAUCAGGAGACUAACUCAACGUCUCUGCUGACAUCAGGAGACUAACUCAACGUCUCUGCUGACAUCAGGAGACUAACUCAACGUCUCUGCUAACAUCAGGAGACUAACUCAACGUCUCUGCUGACAUCAGGAAACUAACUCAACGUCUCUGCUGACAUCAGGAAACUAACCCAACGUCUCUGCUAACAUCAGGAAACUAACUCAACGUCUCUGCUGACAUCAGGAAACUAACCCAACGUCUCUGCUAACAUCAGGAGACUAACUCAACGUCUCUGCUGACAUCAGGAGACUAACCCAACGUCUCUGCUAACAUCAGGAGACUAACUCAACGUCUCUGCUGACAUCAGGAAACUAACCCAACGUCUCUGCUGACAUCAGGAAACUAACUCAACGUCUCUGCUGACAUCAGGAAACUAACCCAACGUCUCUGCUAACAUCAGGAGACUAACUCAACGUCUCUGCUGACAUCAGGAGACUAACCCAACGUCUCUGCUAACAUCAGGAGACUAACUCAACGUCUCUGCUGACAUCAGGAAACUAACCCAACGUCUCUGCUAACAUCAGGAAACUAACCCAACGUCUCUGCUAACAUCAGGAGACUAACCCAACGUCUUUGCUGACAUCAGGAAACUAACCCGACGUCUCUGCUGACAUCAGGAGACUAACUCAACGUCUCUGCUGACAUCAGGAGACUAACUCAACGUCUCUGCUAACAUCAGGAGACUAACUCAACGUCUCUGCUGACAUCAGGAGACUAACUCAACGUCUCUGCUGACAUCAGGAAACUAACCCGACGUCUCUGCUGACAUCAGGAGACUAACUCAACGUCUCUGCUGACAUCAGGAGACUAACUCAACGUCUCUGCUAACAUCAGGAGACUAACUCAACGUCCCUGCUAACAUCAGGAGAC